ACUCUCCAGCAGAGGAUUUUCCCUACUCUGUUCGAUAAUUUGAAGCUCAAGUUCGAUAUGCUGUGCUCUGGAAACUUUGAUCGUAUCAACGAAGUUUGUCUUCGGCUUGUCAUGAUUAUCCUUGUGG